CUUUGUCAUAUAUAUUGUUACUUUCUUUGUAAUUUUCUUCCCUUAUCAUCUUCCUGUCGAGUUUAUAUCUGGUUGUAUACUCCUAUGCCAUUGGGGUUUUAAAUUAAUGUAAGCACUAGAUUUUGACCCGCGCUUUCAAAGCGCAGAAUCAUUUCUUUUUAAAAAUUCAUUUAAAUUAAUAAAUAUUUGUCUAAUCUAUAUUUUAAUAGAUUUUAUAUUUGUUUAUAGUAAUUUUUUAUAAUUUUGUCUGCUUUUUUUAUUGUAUAAUAAUAAAUUUGUGUACUAAUUAAUUUGUGCAAACUUCAACUCAACAAAUUUAAUCAUAUUGUGAUUAUAUAUUUGCUAAGGUUAUUUAUUUACAAUUUUAACAUAUUAAUUAAAUAUUAUAUGAAAAAUGUAAUAGACAUUACGUUUUUCAUUCUACAUAUUUUUAAAUAAUGCAUAAAUAUUAAAUUAUAAUUACACAAAUAUUAAACAAUAAUUAUGUAUUUAAAUUGACUUAUAAUUGUUUUUAAAAGAAAAUAUUGUUAGGCUUCUUUGACUUUAAGUUUUUAAAUUAUUGGGCUGUUUUGUUUAGUUGGACAAAAGCAAAUGUGUUGGGCUUUUAAUUUCUAAAAACUAUUAAAAGCAAUGGAAAAAAGAAAUGGAAUGUUUUGUAAUUAAUAGGAAAAUUCAGGGGCAGAUUCAUAAGAAAGAUUCUGCUUUAAUAGUAUUGAUUUUUUUUUUUGACGUCCUUUUUUAAUAGUAUUGAUUUGGUGUUCAAAAGAAUCAAGAUUAUGAAAACAUGAAAACCAAGAAGAAUAUGGAAAUAUCAAUAAGAAUAUUAAUAUCUGAAAAUAUAACUUUAUCUCUGUAAUAUAUUAUUUCCAUAUUACUUUGGGAAGUUAGAUUAUUAACUCACUAUAUAAGUAAUUGAUUGGUAAAACAUUAGCAUUAGCAUUAUGCUCUACAUUAUACAAUUAACAAUUAUUACAAAAGCAUUAUUAAAUGCUAAUGUUCUCCAAAUGCUCACCGGUCAAUGCUCUCAUAUGAAGCUUUUAGAAAAGUAUUUGCAUUUAUAAUUUAUAAAAUUAAAAAAAAAUAUAUAAUUAAUUCAUUUAUUUUAUUUAAUAAUAUCAUAAAAAUUAUUUUUAUAUCCAAAAAAAAAUUUUGAUUUCUAAAAUUGAUUUACAACAAAAAUAUUUUUUAAAAAAGGUAUUUCACAUUUAAAAUAUGAUUUAAUUUAUUUUAAAUGUGAAAUAUUGUUUUUAAAAUAGAUAUUUUAAUUGGAUUGGAUUGUUGUCUUUCUUAUGGCUCAGCAUGGGAGCUGGGUGUUCUCAACUCUUGUCUGACAUGCAGUCUUUCAAGGCAGCAAAUCCUGGUUGUAUUUUGGAAGAUUUUGUGAGAUGGCAUUCUCCUUCAGACUGGACUGAGAAUGAUACCUCUUCUGGAGAUGACUCUUCUCCCCUACGAGGUCAAUUAAGUACCAGGAUGCAAAAAGAAGAUAAUUUAUGGAGUGAUCUGUGGGAAACAGCUAAACCACUGCCUGCUGUUAAACAAACUCCUCUCUAUGAUGAAGAUUUAGUUGUGGAAGGAAUUUUGAAUUCUUUGGAAGAUAUUCCAGCUGCUGAAUUAUUCGAGCAGCUGUUUGUUUCUCUUGUUGCCCUGGGAUUUGUAAUGGUGGAUCCAGUAGUAGCCACAAACCAAGACUUGACAAAGCUUUUCUUCGAAUGCAAGGAGUAUGUAGUGGCGAUUUGCCAGUGAGGCGCAUGCACUGAUAAGCUUGAUGAUCUCUGCCAGGUCUAUGAGACCGUGGAAACAAUGUUAAAACGUCCAGAAGAAGUGUUGAGAUCAAUGAAGCAGACGACAGAGGAGUCGCCAUCAAGUGGGAAUGAAACAAAACGGCGGUUCAAGAGACUCGGCUUCAUCUUCCGUGGUAAAGAAGGAAACCAGAAGAGAGUUCCAUCAGAAACUGAACAGAAGAGUAGGGAACCGAGCCCGCGCCAAUCAUUCUCUAGUCUUUUUGAUGGAAAGUCGUCUCUGUUUGCAAAGAAACCUCCUAGACCUGAUAAUGGGACUCUAAUCUGAAAUUCUUUUCAUAUUUAUUUCAUUUGUUUAUUUUGAGUCAUUUCUCAAUAUAUUUUUGUUAUGGGUUUUACUCAGGGCCGUCUCAAAUUAAUUUUAGACCCUGUUCAAAAAAAUUAUUAAUCGUAUAUUUUAUCAAGUAAUUUAAAAAACUAAUAACUAUGUCUAAUUUUUUUAAUUAUAAAUUCUAAAUUUAGCAUUAUAUCUAAAAUUUUAAAGUUUUUUACCAUAAUUUUUCUAUAUAUUUUUUAAAAAAAUUAAAUUUUUUAUUUUUAUAUUUCGAACCAUGUUGACCGCUCCACUUGCGCGUGCUGUUAGACGGCCCUCGGUUUUAGGCUGAUCAAUUGAUUGGUAACUGUAAAUUCAAAACAUUUGUUAGAUGGGAACUUGAAUAUGAUGAAAUGAAAAUGUAUAAGAUUAUGAAAA